AUGACAAAGGUGUAUGUCAUAGAGCGUGCAGCCCCGCUGGCGGGGUGUCGCCGCUCGCCGUCGUCGUCGAGGACGUCCUGCCUACUGCCCGCGCCAAUCUAUUUGCCUGAUGGUUUCUAUGUCUUAACGAAAGGUAGACUUGACGACGAGUGGCCGAAUCAAUGGAACUUUAUAGGGGAAAACUAUUCCUUGAACACCCCUCACCCUGCGCAUUACAACGUGAAAUUCUUGAAAGUUGCUUUUAUUCUGUCAUACGUGAUAGUGUUCGCGGCGCUGUCAGUGGUGGUGUGGCACCUGGUGCGCGGCUGCCCCGGCGCUGUGGCGCGCCGCCAGCAGCGCGAGCGCGUGCUGCGCCGCCACCACCAGCACCGGCUCACCCACCUGCGCCGCCACCUACACCCUUACUAG